CACCUCUACAAUUUAUAAGCUUGAUUUUUGAGUAAAGGGAAGGUUUUAGUACCCCUACUGGUGCUUAAGUAGACUAUAUUCACCACGAGCACUUCUACUAUGCUCUAAAAAUCCCUCUAUUUACCUCGUACUAGAUUAGAACCUUCAUGGCGAUCAACAAUCAUCUAAAAGAAAUAUUUAGUUGUUGAAUGAUAUCGAUUUAACUUUACCGAUUAUUAUUUGCAUCUAGCUGAAUUAUUUUCUGCAAGGACAUUUCCACAUCAAGAUUCCAACCACCUUAGUAAUUAUGAUAUGGACGUACGUAUGCUAUUAUUGUUAAGGUUUGUGUGCAGGUAGCUUUUCUUACAUUACCACUCCUUUCUCUCUGUUUUCCUUCUCUCUCUAGCCCCCCUGUUCUUCUUUUCUGGUUGAAGUAGUACUGCUGGUACUAGCACAUCCAGCCAGUUUGAAGAAAGAAUGGACCAGAAGAAUCCGCAUUCAGCAGCAGGGAAAGAGCCGCUCUUGCUGCAACCCACUACCGAAGAUGAUAAUCAGAAGAAGAAGAAGACGAACAACUGUGGAUUCUUCUUCUUGCGCAUCAUCGCCAAAUGGGUUCUGAGGACGACGAUGUGGGCCAUCUUCGUCGCCUGGGUGGCGUUCUUCUACAUCUUCCCUACCCAAUUGGGUGAUUCCCUCUACGACAAGUGGAAUCUCCUCACCGAGAAGUCUUUCUUCGGCUUCACAGGCGGCAUCUUGUUGCUGGUGAGCGGGCCGAUAAUGGCGAUUGCAGUUCUGGCCGCUGCCCAUCUGAUUCUGGUUUCUGGGGAAGAUGAAUUUUACCCAAGGAAACAGAACAGUUCUAGGAAGAACCCAAGAGCACAGUUGUGGACAUUCCCGCUCAUCGUCGGCGGACCACUCGGCGUCGUUUCGGCCGCUGAGCUCAUCGGCGUCGUGCUCUUCGUCGGCUACAUCCUAUGGGCUCUCUACUUCUUCACCGUCCGAAACCUCGCCGAUCUAUCCACCUUAAAGCUCACUUCCGCGCAGUUCUGCAUCCAUCUGAUGGAGCUCACCGGGCUCCGGUUGGCGGUGAUCGGGUUGUUCUGCUUGGCAUUUCUGUUCCUCCCCAUCGCCAGAGGCUCCGUGCUGCUUCGCCUGAUCGACAUCCCGGUUGAGCACGCGACGAGGUACCAUGUGUGGUUAGGACAUGUCACCAUGUUCCUGUUCACCCUCCAUGGCACCUUCUACGUCGUUGGAUGGGCUCUCCAUGGCAAGCUCCUGCAGGAGAUCUUGGGGUGGAAGGAUGAUGGGAUAUCAAACCUGGCAGGAGUGAUUAGCCUCUUGGCCGGUCUAAUCAUGUGGGUCACAUCCCUUCAGCCAGUCAGGAGAUGGAACUUUGAGCUGUUUCUCUACACACAUCAGCUGUACAUUGUGUUUGUGAUCUUCCUCGCGUUGCACGUCGGGGAUUUCAUCUUCAGCAGAGCUGCUGGUGGGAUAUUUCUGUUCAUGCUCGAUCGAUUCUUGAGGUUCUGCCAGUCUCGGAACACUGUUGAUGUCGUCUCGGCUAAAUGCUUCCCCUGUGGCACUGUUGAAUUGACCCUCUCCAAACCUAAAAGUCUGAGGUACAAUGCACUGAGUUUCAUCUUCAUUCAAAUCCGGGAGCUUUCCUGGCUACAAUGGCAUCCGUUUAGUGUGUCAUCCAGUCCAUUGGAUGGCAAGUAUCACAUCUCAGUUCUCAUCAAAGUUCUUGGCGGGUGGACUGAUAAGCUUAAAGAGAGGAUUGUGACAACGAGCUCAGCUGAUGAAGAUCCAGAAGGAGCAAUACUAAUGGACCGAAAUUCCAAGCUAUGCAGGAAGCUAACAGCUUCUGUCGAAGGUCCAUACGGUCACGAGUCACCAUACCAUUUGAUGUAUGAAUACCUUGUUUUAGUAGCAGGAGGCAUAGGGAUUUCGCCUUUCAUGGCGAUUCUGAGGGAUGUCUUCCAUCGUCUUGAUGAAGGAAGACCCUGCCUACCAAGAGAGAUUGUGCUAGUCUGGGCUGUGAAAAAGUCUGAAGAAAUCGGGCUUCUUUCGACCAUCAAUUUGGACUACUUACGUUCUGGCAUCUUUGACAAGCUUAAUUUACACAUUCAGAUUUAUGUUACCCGAGAAUCGGAUCCUCCUCUGGAAGAAGGCAAAGUAACUCAUGAGGCUUCCUCAGUAGUCUCUGCAGGGUGCUCUGGCCCAAAAGGAAACAACAUGUCAGUUCUGGUUGGCACCGGUGAUAGCAUUUGGUCCGGACUAUACGUUAUCUCAUCGACACUAGGUUUCAUCCUUUUGCUAGCCUUAACCGAUGCCUACUACAUCAAUCCCUACGGCAUUUCAUCGUGGUGGUACAAAGGAUUGCUCCUAAUGUCAUGUAUGGUCGGAGGUGUUGUUGUGUUUGGUGGCGUGGUCAUUGCAUUAUGGCAUCUUUGGUACAGAAAAGUGUCGUUCGAGCAGGAACCUAAGACGAACGGUGCCAAUUGUCUGCACCAGAACGAAUCGAGUACUGCAGCCGAAGAUUUCCCUCGAAGUACCGAUGGGGUAAAGGCUAAAGACUUGCUUAGUGCAAGUUCAACCUUCAUCAACUAUGGCUCCAGACCAGACUUCAAAGAGAUAUUCCAAAGCACGUCGAAGAACUGGGGCCAUGUCGACGCUGGUGUGUUGGUAUGUGGACCUCCAACUCUGCAGACCACUGUUGCCAAAGAGAUCAGGUCUCACAAUUUGAGAAGAUACUCCCAUGACACUGUGCUGCAUUUCAACAGCCACAGUUUUGAUCUUUAAAGCCUUGCCUUGCCUUGCACUCCACCUAUAGGUUACCGUCAUUUCUCUCUACCAAUUAUGCAUCUUCGUCGAUCUACCAUUCUACCUAGUGAGAUGUAAAUCCAGUCCAAUGUGGCAGCAUAUUCCUAAGUCGGGUAUAGAUCGACUUAUCACUUGCGUACGUGUAUCGAUAUAGUAAGCAAGUGUAUACAAAGAGAUGUUAAGCCUUAAUCUGGUGUGUACAUAGCAGUAUGAUUAAUGUGUAUCAAUGCAUAGUAGUUAUUAUUAGUAUGAGAAACCUGCAAAUAAACAGUCAUGGCCAUGUUCUUUUCUGAGAUGAGAGUAGAGAUCAUCUACAUCUACAAGAUAUAAGAUGGCAAAACAUGAGUUGGUUUUGCAGGGAUUCGAAUUUGCUGGCCUCUGAGGAAUUUUCGGAAGGACAGUUUGGACAAUUCACCUGCCCACUUAAUGAAGUUUUGCGUUUUGG